AUGUCGCAUUCAAUCUAUCUAUCCUCAAUCCCAGAAAACCACAUCGCACGAUUAUCCACAAACCUCGCAGCACAAGACAUCCCCUCAAACCCAUCCUACGGCAUCGACUCACCUCUCGGCCUGGUCGCCUCCAACAUCCUCUCCCCACUCUAUCUCUACGCAACCCUCAAAGGCAAAUUCCAAGUCUGGGAUGACCUCCUCGCCAACCUCCCCAGGGAAACCUUCAGAUCACCCACCCUCGACCUCGGCUGCGGUCGAGGGAUGGUCCUACUGAAAAUCGCUCAAAUCAAGAAACAACUCACCUCUUCAGAAUCACCCGUCCACCCCGCCUACGGCAUCGAUCUAUUCGUUAAAGGCGAUCAAAGCGGAAACUCGUCGCUGGCAACUUACAAGAACGCCGCUGCGUUGGGGGUAUGCGAGCAGACGGUGCUACAUACGGGGAGUUUUGCGGAGUUGCCGUUCUUCGAUGGGGUGUUUUCGCUGGUAACGGCUAGUUUGUCGAUUCAUAAUGCGGAUAAAGCUACGAGGAAGAAGGCGAUAGGGGAGGCGGCGAGGGGUUGA